CACGCCAUACGCCCUGAAACGCACAAAGUGAGCUGCGGUCGCAACGCUGUGGUGUGUCUUUCUGGUGACAGCUCGUGUUUGGGACGGUUUUCUUCGCGUUAGUUGAGAUAAAAACGUGUGCUCAAAGCCCCCUAUUCCCAAUCGGAUCCUGUGGACGGUUUUGCGACCGGGCAGGUAUGGUGUGUUAGGUUUACCAUGUCCACCAUCGAGGAGCGUACAGCGUACCUAGACAAUCCGUACUUCAAAGGGCACAUCUACGGGAACUUUAACCCGUUCUACGUGACCAUCGCCGUCUGUACCGUGCUCGGCGUGUUCAUCUUCGUGCUGAACAUCGUGUGCGGCUGCUGCUCGAAGCACAAGCAGUACUGGCAGGACAGACAUACGGGCAAUCGUUGGUUAGUGUCGUUUUGGUCGGCCACACCGCACAAGCAGCCGCCGCUCGAUCUGACGGAGCUGAAGGACGCUAGCCACUUCCAGCCGGUCAAUCCCGACGUCGAACGGCCGGUAGAGUAUACCGUGCAGCAUCACCGUCCCCAGUACCAGUAUCCACCCAGCCGUGGUGCUUCCCCGCAGGGCUACCAUCACCAUCACCAGCAGCAGCAUCACCGCGAGGAGUACGUCGAGCUGCAGAAGCGCGAAAGUGACAUUUAA